AUGGCGACCGUCACCACCAAGACCGGCCAGGUCGUCGACCGUUUGGCCUUGGACUCAAUGCUACGUCGUCGACUCUUCUACACCCCAUCAUUCGAGAUUUACGGAGGUGUCUCAGGCCUCUAUGACUACGGCCCUCCCGGUUGCGCGGUGAUGAAUAAUAUUAUCGACCUGUGGCGGAAGCAUUUCGUGUUGGAGGAGGAUAUGCUGGAGGUGGAUUGUACCAUGUUGACCCCGCAUGAGAUUCUGAAGACCAGUGGACACGUCGAAAAAUUCGCCGAUUGGAUGUGCAAGGACCCUAAGACUGGAGAGAUCUUCCGUGCCGACCACCUGGUGGAGGAAGUCCUCGAGGCUCGUUUGAAGGGCAACAAGGAAGCGCGUGGCCAGAAGGUUGUUGUGGAUGAGGAGAAGGAGGCCAAGAAAAAGAAGAAGGCCAAUACGAAAGCCGUCAAGCUGGAUGAUGCGGUCGUCAAGGAAUAUGAGGAGGUCCUGGCCCAGAUUGACAACUAUGACGGUCCCGAGCUGGAGAAGAUCAUUGCUAAGUACGAUAUCCGGAAUCCCACGACCGAUGGCAAUCUUCUUCCCCCUGUCGCCUUUAAUUUGAUGUUCCAGACCUCAAUCGGACCUAGCAGCAACAUGCCAGGCUACCUGCGGCCCGAAACCGCGCAGGGUCAAUUUUUGAACUUCCAGAAGCUGCUGGAGUUUAACCAGCACUCCAUGCCCUUCGCAUCGGCCUCUAUCGGCAAGUCGUUCCGUAACGAGAUCUCGCCCCGUGCGGGUCUCUUGCGAGUGCGAGAGUUCCUUAUGGCUGAGAUUGAGCACUUCGUUGACCCCGAGGGUGGCAAGAAGCACGCUCGCUUUGAGGAAGUCAAGGAUGUAGAGAUGUGCCUGCUCAACCGCACUGUUCAGCUGGCCGGCAGCACUCAGACUGAGAAGAUGACCAUCGGCAGGGCCGUCGAGAUUGGCCUGGUGGACAAUGAGACUCUCGGUUACUUCCUCGUCCGUAUUCAGCAGUUCUUGUUCAAGUUGGGCGUGGACCCGGCAAGGCUCCGCUUCCGCCAACACAUGGCCAACGAAAUGGCACACUAUGCAGCCGACUGCUGGGACGCUGAGCUGCAGACCAGCUACGGAUGGAUCGAAUGUGUCGGCUGCGCCGACCGAAGUGCGUAUGACCUGACUGUUCACAAAAACAAAACUGGGGCCCCCCUGGUUGUCCGCGAGCCGCGGGCGGAACCCCUCAAAAUCGAAGAGUGGCAGGCCGAUUUGGACAAGAAGAAGUUUGGCCCUCGCUUUAAGAAGGAUGGCAAGACUGUGGCCGCUGCCGUCGAUGCACUUUCUCAGGAGCUACUGGAGAAACUGGCUUUAGAUCUGGAGCAGCAGGGCAAGAUUGAGGUGGAUGUCGAAGGGGUCGGCUCCGGCAAGGUUGUGCUGGACAAGGAACUGAUCACGAUCGAGAAGCGGACGCGGGUUGAGAAUAUCCGUGAAUACACGCCGAGUGUGAUUGAGCCAUCGUUCGGUAUUGGCCGGAUCUUCUACAGCAUGAUUGAGCAUAUCUAUUGGUCUCGGGAAGCCGACGAGGCGCGUGGGGUUCUGUCUUUCCCUCCCCUAAUUGCGCCGACCAAGGUCCUCGUCGUGCCCCUGUCGUCGCAUGCGUCGUUCCGCCCUCUGACGCAGCGCCUGAUGACGACGUUGCGGCGGAUGGGCGUUUCGAACCGAGUGGAUGACUCUUCGGCCAGUAUCGGAAAACGAUACGCGCGCAAUGACGAGUUGGGCACGCCGUUCGGCAUCACAGUGGAUUUCCAGUCCGUGAACGACAACACCUUCACGCUGCGCGACCGCGACUCGACGAAACAGGUGCGAGCCAGUGAGGAGGAGAUUGUCCAGACUAUCAAGUCGUUGGUGGAUGGCGAGGAGACGUGGGAGGAUAUCUGCAAGCGACUUCCGGAAUUUACCGGGCAGGAGGUUGAAUAG